AUGCAAGAGGAAGCAUUUUGCAAUUUUUUCACAGAUGGCAGCGAUGAACUUUAUGAAAUAUUUAAACAACAUGUAGAGAUUAUUGUUUCAAAUUCGAAAAGUUAUAAUGAAUCAAUUACUGGUGGGACAGAAGCGACAGGGGUGAACGAAUUCUUUCACAAUGUCGAUAGGGAAUUGGGAGCGCAGAAAAAGGAAUAUGAUAAAGAUUUACAAGUAUUGCAAGAACAAGAAACUUUGAUAGUAAAAAAACGCAUCGAAAAUAAAGAACUUCUCAACAAACGUUUAACCGAAUUGGAGAAAGAUAGAGAGUUAUCAGAACGUCUUGCCGAGGAAUUGAAAGGUUUAGAAAAUGAUCAGGGCCGAGUAAAAGAAGUGAGAGAAAAACGGGCUGAUGUUGAGAAAAAAAUUAAAGGGGAACUUGAUCACAUCAACCAAUUGAAAGGCUCUAUAGCUGAAAUGGAAAAUGAACAAUCGCAUGUACUUUUAAUGAUUCAAAUCAAAGAGCAGCAAAUACAAGAACUUGUAAAUAGACAAGAACAAUUUGAAAUGUCUUUUAAUAAUGAGAAAUUGGCAGUUCAACAAUUGCAGCAAUCGGUUCAAAAUGAAAAAGCACAAUUGUACAAUACGACUGAACAACAGUACAAUCUGUUAUUAAUUGCCAAUGAGGAAUUGCAGAAAAAUUUACAAGAUAUAAAACUUCGAAAAAAACAACUUGAAAGGGAAUUGAAUGAAUCUUUAACGAGAAUUAAUAAACUUAUUAAACAGAAAGAGGCAGAAGAGGUAAAUUUACGUAAUUUUGAAGAUAUUUUAAAUAAUCUCAUUAAAGAGCGAAAUUUAAAAAUGGAAGAGAAACAGCGGUUAGAAAAUGCCACCAAUCAAUUGGAUAGGGAAAUUAGAGAAUUAACUAUUAGAAAGACACAACUGGCAAUUGACGCGGCAGCAGUUUCAGAACAGGAGAAUGAUGAAAAUAAACAAUUGCUCGAAAGAAUGUACGUGAUGGAAAAAGAAAAUACAAAUCUUUUAGAAAAACACAAUAAAAUGAUGGAGGAGAAAGAACAGAUUCAACGGGAAAUUGAACAGACGGGUAACAAGUUGGCAAAAUUGAAAAAACACGCAGAUGAGAUGAUUGGCAUUUAUACUGAACGACAAAAGGAAUUUUUGAACAUUAAAGAAAACGUUGAUGUGCUCGAGACAGAAAAAAAAACUGCUUUAGAAAAAUCAGCAGCACUCUUGGAAGAAAAAUUACAACUUGAACAUGAGAAUGAGGAACAGAUUAAAACACUAACUGAACAGAGGGAAAAUUACAAAUUUCUCAUUAGUAGCAACGAGAAUUCAUUGCGCUCCAUGGAAAAAGAACUGGACAAAUUGACUGCACGGAAACAAACACGACUGCAAGAAAUCAACUCACUAAUAGCCGAUAUAACAACAGACGAUAGUUUACAAGAACAGGAAAAUAAUCUUGAACGGGAAAUAAAUCAGUUGGAAGAACAAAUUUUCACAGCACAAAUUUCCAAAGAACAGACUAUUGCAAAAUUUGACGAGGAAGAGAAAAAAAUUGCCGCACAAAUCGGGGAACGGGAACGACAGAAACAACAAUUAAUAAAUGUGUAUAAACAACUGGAUAAACAAAAUACACGAAAUAGGGAACGGGUCGAUGAGUUGGAGGGGGAACAGAAACAACUAUUGACACAAAUUGAUAGUAUACAUGCGGAAAUAUCUGCUCGACGGGAAACAAUGGCAAUAACUAACAGGGAGCAUGAAGUUCUAGUUAAUGAGUAUAAUAAACAAAAUGCCGCCAAGCAACAGCAACAGGGAAAUAUUACCGAAUUAGAAAAACAAAUAAAAAGUCGCGAAAACAUUAUUGGACAGCUUGAGGGCAAUAUAUCCAAUUUGAAAAUAACAAUAAAUGGAAAUCAAUCAUUAGUGCGGGAAUUUAAUAAUAAGUUACAACGGUCGAAAGAAAAAAUCGAAGCACUAAAUAGGCAGGAGGAUGAGAUUAGGAAGGUUAUAGCCAAGACUGAGGGUAAUAUUAAAAAAUCAACCGGCUCAAUUUCGUCGUUACAAAAUGAACUUGCUACGGCUAAUAAUGCUUUACGCGAACUUGAAAGCCAGCGGGAUGAAAAACUUGAACUGAUCCGAAAUUUAGAAAACGAAAAUGUAGACAAGUCUGAACUUAUAUCCCGUCUGAGGGAAGAUGUUAACCGG